GUAGUUAAAAAAUAAAAUGGAUAUUUUCAACUGCCAAUACUGCUCAGUGUCUCCUUUUGAUUACAUCUUAGAUUUUAUCUAUGGCGAAAAGCCGCCGAAAAAGGAGGAAAAAAAAAGCUCCAAUGUGACGUACGACGAUAGCACCAGUAACAACGUAUCUCAGGUUUUGUCCAAAGUAGGAGAUCAAGUGGAGAAAAGAUCAACCAAUGAAAUUUUGCUCCUAUGUCGAGCAUGGGAGAAUUACGUGCACCCCAGGGCCAAGGAAUACUGGAAGGAUUCUCAGCAACUUCAAAAUAUUUUAUGCAAAAUCGCAAACGGCAUCACCAAAAAUGACGACCCCAUUUUAGGAGAUGAUUAUGCGUGUGUCUUUUGGUACGGAGAGAAGAACAAAAACGACAACUGCCCCAUCAUAUCGGUGAAAAAGGGGAAUGACAACGUAGAAACUAUUACGUAUGUUAACCGAGUGCUCAUUUUUCUCUAUGCAGACGAAGCCAGCUUUCAGGAGCUGCAGAAAAAGCCGAAGAAGGCCUUUACCAUGGCAUGCGGGAACAUUAACUGCAUCAAUUUGACGCACAUUUCUCUCGACGACUAGGCUUGUGCGGCUCUGAAGGACACGGUUAGCAGCCACAUGUGCGGGUUAUCGGCGCCAGGAGAUGUUUUCUAGGGCUACUGCGGAGGUGCUCGAAGCCAGGAACAGUCGAAACAGCGCAGCUAGUUAGCGGUACCAAGGUGCACUGGAGAACGCCUCUGCCCGCGAGAAUUUUACGUACGGCUCUCCGCGCCACAACAAACGGGGAAUCAAUAAACGGCCAUUUUCUUCACGUGCAAAAGGAUUAGUAGUACACAUC